AGAAAAUAUCCACCAUGUCAUCUCUACAGGAUUAGAGAAAGGAGAGAGACAAUGGAAGGUCCUUUUAAUGCUAGGAAUAUGCACCUCUGAAAGGGACAUGCUUGUCCAUGUGGAUGUCAUCUGCUCUGUAGAAAAUCCUGUCCUGGCAUUCCCAGGGGACAUGAAUCUGAUGUGGACCUUCCUCCUCUUCCUCCUGGAUCUCGCUGUCUUCACUCCAGCUCGGCCCUUCUCAACGCGACAUAUAGACAACCCCAGGUCGUGGGUCCCUGGAGGACACCACAGAUACUGUGAUGUAAUGAUGAGGCGACGGUGGUUGAUCCAUAGGGGUAAAUGCAAGCAGAUCAACACCUUUAUUCAUGAAGAUCUGGCCACCAUAGCAGAAUUCUGCAGCACUCCAUCAGUGCCCUGUACCAGCAGCCCCUCUGUGCACAAUUGCCACAACAGUGCUCGUGACGUCAGCGUCACUGACUGCUUUGCCAGUACAGGGACCCGCCCCCCUCACUGCCACUACCAUAAGAAAGAAUCCACCAGGCCCAUCCGCGUGGGCUGUGAGAAGGGGACACCUGUUCAUCUGGAUGGCUAGGAUCUCCCUAGACCUCAUGUGGGAAGCUGAUUGACGCUCCCGGUCUACCUGCAAAUCUUUGAGGCCCUAUCCGUAAAUGACUCUCCCCUUGCAUGCGGUCCCUCAUCGUUCCCAGUCAACAAGCGCACUCCAGGAUGUCUCACUGCCACUCCCCCCACCCCACGUCCCCCAUCCCUGCGGCACUGUGGGAGUUUUGGUGCAGAGUAAGGUGGGAUGGAGAGUUGGUGGGAGGGGGCCCGCAUUACCGGAAUCUACUCAGGAAAAGCCUCGUUCAGUCCCUCUGGUCCCCACCUCCCAGAGCAGCAACACACACCCGGACCCUGGGUUUAUCAGCCCACGAACUGCUCUAACAAACAUUCCCGAGGAUUCUGGCCCGGGGAGCAUUGAGCGACCAGACUCUCCCGAUUCUUCUUUCCGCCGGACCUUUUUCUCCCUUCUUCCCAAACGACUCGGGCGGAGGUGAUUAGAGACGACACCGGGAGGGAAACCCGCUUCCUUUGCGGAAACCAAUCCCUGAGGCGCUUGGGCAGCACCGGAAGGAGCCGCUGGCUGGAGCAGAAACGGUGGAGUUGGAGCGACACCGCCUGGCCAGGCCUCUUCGUAGGCUCCCGCCGGGCCCACCCUGUGGAUCCCGCAGGCCGCGUCCAGAACUACUUCCUUGUUGCUCCUUAACGACAGCUGGAGAUGGGCAGGACGUUUCUUGGUUAUGACCCAGGGCAGGAGGAUAAUAGGCGAAUAAACGGAAAAAUCCAAACAGCAGAAAUACAGUCGAACUUUCAAAGAACAGAUUUCCAAGUCGGCCGUAGCGUUGGUAAUCAGGCUGUUUAGAGCUGAGCUUGGCGCGGGCUCUGUGGCCUCGUGGUAACGGGAGCCAGACCCCACGUGGCCCACGGCAGGAGAAGGGGGGAC